AUGCGGCAGUAGCCUCGGAUGACAUCUUAGAUCGUGGCGUGCGUCUAUGCUCAUGUGUGAUGGUGUUGUUCGCGUGUCAUCAACUCUGCAGCAACAUGGCAGAUAAACCAGACCUGAGUUCUAUUGAGAAGUUCGACAAGUCGAAGCUUAAGAAAGCGGAGACCACUGAAAAGAACACCCUGCCCACGAAGGAGACGAUUGACCAGGAGAAGAGUCAGCCAGACGCGUGAGGUGUUCAGGAGCUGCCGUGCCCUCAACAUGCAUCCCGUCCAUGGCUCAAGAGGGGGGGGGGAGAUACUUCCCUGUGAAUUGUGGUGGUCUUAGUUUUUUUACGUGAAAUAAUUUUCUGUUGUAAAGCAAUUUACUUUUCCCCCCUCCCCUUGCUACCAUUAUGGGGACCAAACGGUUGGUUAACCUGUGGUAUAUGGGCUUUGUGUUAAUGCCCCUCUAAAAUGCCAUUGGUCUGUUGGGAGCACGCUGUGCAACAAGCUUAUUUGUAAUGUGCACUUACUAUGAACAUUAAACAAACAAACCGAUGAAAACUCUA